GUAUGGGAGGAGGCGCCGGCGGUGCCGGCGGUGGUAUGCCAGAUAUUGGUGCUAUGAUGAAGAUGCUCGGUGGAGGCGGCGGUGGCGGCAUGCCCGACAUGUCAGCCCUAGGCGGAAUGGGUGGCAUGCCUGAUAUGGGUGCCAUGAUGAAGAUGAUGGGUGGUAUGGGUGGCAUGCCGGGCAUGGGUGGAGGUGGUGCUGGUGCAGGGCAAGGAAAGGGGAGGAGGUAGUGUCAGAGCUAUGAGGAUAUCAGUUUGCGAUUUUUGAUGCAUAGCCGCGGCGUUCGGGUUUGUUAUCACAUCUGGGGGAUUCUCUGCGUUGAGGUACACAUCGUAUGUCACUACUUCCGCCUGCUUCCCUCUUUGAUCUUCUCCCUGUCAACAAGUUUCGAUCAUUAUGUUUGGUCCGAUAAGAAUGACUAUGCCAGCUGUUUCCAGGAGGACGGUUUGUGGAUUCUGAACCCUUACAGCAAUACCUUCAACACUGUUUGGGUUGUUGAAGUGUUUACAUAUAACUUCCGAAUAAGCCUCUGGUAUUGUCUCACACUACCCGCUAUCAUUUACUGGCAUCAGAACAUGGUUCUUCUACUAGAGCUCCCUCGCGAAGUCCGUAACAACAUGUUCGCGCACCUCAUUCGUGCGUCACAGGACCUCUCCUCCAUACUCAAGGUCAAUCGUCAGCUAGCUAAAGAAUGUAUCGAGGAAGUCACAUUCUACCACCAAAAGCACUUGACACAGAUGACAUCUGACCUACGCAUCCACUUUCCACAAAUAGACUUCGAGUUCAACGUUCCGCAAAAAGGUGAUUGACUGUUGGCUAUCACUACCAUGACACUUUCACUUCCUGUUAGUCCUCAGAAUAUCCGCAAUCCAAUCACACUAGGAAUGUUCUUGGCGGAAGUGCUGAGAAUGCGUAGGCUGCCUCUUAC